AUGGCGGCUUCUUAUCAGGUUACUGAUCAUUUCAGAUACGCACUGUUCUGCUUUUCGAACUUUCUACUAAACGCUUGCGUGGACAAUCCGUACGUGUACAUUCCGGACCACGCCAAGUCGAUUCCGUCGGUACAGGAAGGUGCCGGCGCCUUCAUCAUCUCGGUCCUCGGUGUGCUCAACACGCUGGGUGUGGUUAUCGUUGGAUAUAUAGGCGAUAAACCGUGGAUCGAUCCGAGCCUACUCUACGCGAUUUGCACGGUGAUUGCUGGUGCGAGCGUAGCGGCAAUACCCUUGCUCGAAUCGUACUUCCCGUUGGCGAUAGCGUCAGCAAUAUACGGUUUCACCAUCUCGGCUAAUUACACUCUCGUGCCUGAAAUCGUCGUGAAUCUGAUAUCAUUGGACAAUUUCACUGGCGCGUAUGGAUUAUUGCUCAUGAUCCAAGGUCUCGCUAGCCUCAUAGGGCCACCCUUCGCCGGGUGGCUUUACGACAUCAGUGGUUCCUACGACUCCACGUUCUACAUCAGUGGGAUCAGUAUCUUGGCAUCCGGUCUCUUGGUGAUACCGGUCGCCGAUUACUGGACGUGCAGCUGCGACCCGCGGCCUCUCGGGGAAGAGCACAUAGAUCAGGGCACCGCGCUCGCAGAGCGAGGCGAUGAAGCUACCUUCCUCCACGACUCGAUGAUCCAGACCAACGCCGACGAGGCAAACCAGCCAUUUCUAGUCGUCGAUCGAUACACCAUCGAUAGGACACCGUUUCGGGAGAGCCCGCUAACGUCGCCUUCGGCUUGCCAUUCACCGGCGCGCUCGAACAGUCCCACUAGAGUGAGAUUCCGUCUGAGCCCAUCGCCAACACCAUCCUCGAAAAGUACCGCAGCUACGGCAACCGCGUCAUCCGCUGUGUACACCCAACCAGCGACACUGAAUUGAACGAUACCUGCGACCUGAACUCCGAAAAUGUUAAAACAAGGCCCUGUGAUAUUCAUUUCGAAUUCUAGUGAGCACAUGCAUACGCGUGGAUUCUCUUGUGAGCACACUUUCUGAGUGAAACACGGAGCAAGCCGUGAGAACGGCAGAACAGAACUGUUCCGUGUUCUCUAGAACCUCGAUCAUGCACCAUAACCCAUGGUGGGCGAAUAGCGGGAUCUAACCGAAUCAAUUUUGGAACAAGGGUUGCCGAAAGAGAUGGGAUUGCACUGCAAGCAGCUCAGGUGGAAGUUUCUCUGCCUUCCAUCAAUUUGAGAGCGAAAGAAAACUCUGGCAGCAUCUGUACUUGAUGAUAACACGACUUUGAGGAGGUAACAGCAAACGAAGUCCAGCUCGGCUUUGUUAGUAACUGAGCGGUGAUACAUUCGUCCGGGAGGAAUACAGUCCCGCUCGAUAUAUAUCGAUGAGCAAGCGCUAGUAAUGUCUGCGCGAUUCGUCACGUCCUCCUACUCUCACUUCGAGUCGAGAGAUCCCCAUUCCUCCGGGAAAGUCGAACUCUCACGGAACGCCAAUCGGAACUUUCUCCGCAUUUGGAUACACAAUGAUGAGCAAAGAUUACUGUCUCCGCUUAUUCUCCGUCCCACUCCGAAAAUUUCCCCUAUGAUUGGAUUGAAAGGCAAGCAAUUAUAGCUGAGGAUACACGAGAGUGAGCAUUGAUACGUAGAUGAGGCGAGAAAAGCCGGACGCUCCAAUCUUUCAAUGCUUAAGCUGUCUUGGCAAAUGUAAACACGAUCCACUCAUAAAUAAUAUG